AAUUAAUAAGAAAUAAAUAUGAGACAAAGGAUAAGUGAUACACGGAGAUAUCUACUUGCUCAGGAACCUUAUGAUAAGGAUAAAAUGACAUCUGUAAUGAAAGAGUUCACAUCAGAUACCAAAAUUCAAGAGGAACUCAUCCAAAACUUCAUUUCUAAUCAAGAGAGGAACCAAAGGCCUGAUAUCAAAAGAAAGAGGAAGGCUAUUCCUAAACUUGCAGAUUGCAAAAGAUUUUCUUUUCAAAACAUUCACGAAAUUAUAAAAAAGAAGCCUACUAAGAGAGCUACUUCACAAGAUCCCACUAGGAUACAGUUGAAGAAUAUCAAUACUAUAACUUAUACAAAAGAGAGUUCAGCAGAGCAUGCACAUAAGGAUCAAAGAGCUUCCAUACUGACACCUCAAAUGGAGGAGGGCAUGAAUAUACUCCAAGCUUUAGGGAACAGUCUAUGCAAUUUACGCUCAAAGUCUGUAAUGAUCAGUGUGAAGGAGCUUAAUGGGCCUGAUAAACCCAACCCUCACCCUAAGGCCCUGAAAAUAGUCAAGAUCGAAUCAAAGAAGAGCAAGAAGAAUAUUGUUGAAAUAACUAAGAGAUUGACUGACCUUGCAGAUAUGCUCGAUGCAAAAUCUAAUUCAGAUUCUAAUGUCUCUAUUACCUCUAAAAGAAGGAAGAAGAAGAAAAAGGCGAAGAAAAGUAAACGACAAAAUAGUGAUUGUGAUAAAAUAGCCGAAGAAGAUCUCCAUAGGCCAAAUUUUCAAAAGAAGCCAACUUGCAAGAGUAACGAAGAUACAUUAGACCCCCCUAUCAAGAAAUGAAAAUCUUUACGAUCCAGUCACAAACAGAAAAACGAUUGAUCUGGAUUGAAACUAAGCUUAAACAAGUGCCCUUCAUUUACUGAAAUUAGCCAGAAUGCUCAAUGCAAAAGCAACCAUUCAAACGACAAACAAAUGUUUGCCCAGCCUCCUCAAAAACUAGGAAUUGCCAAAUCCUUCUUGAAAGCUUACUCUCUUAAGAAGGGCAGCUAUUUCGGAAAGCUGGAAGAUUCCGAACUUUUGAGCACUGGAGUCCAAAAAUCCUGAAAAUCUCUUAAAAGAAAGAAAAUAAAGAAGCAGAGGAAGAGGACCAAGUUGUUCUCUUCAAGAGGGAUGCAAGAUUCAGAGAGUGAUUCGUUUAAAUUCUCUUUAUUCAAAGCUAGCCAGAUGAACGAGAUGUUACAUUCCUUAUCGAAUUUGGAAUCUAACGCUAGUAACUACUCUACAACCACGCUUUCUCCCUCCCCUCCCAAGCGCAUGAAGGAUUAAGGCUCUAGCUUUCAUGACUGGUGCCUCUGCUUGGCUUAUUAAGGUUUUUUGCCUAACAACACAGUUUCUAAAUUUUGGUU